AUGAACAAAAUCUCUUGCUUACCAAUAUUAAAAAAGUUAUCCAUGAAUCACAAUCAUACUCAUAUGGAAUCUGAAAUAUCUGAUAUUGAAAGAACCAUAAGUUUUGAAUCAAUUUAAUUGGGCAGAAUAACUGAUAAUAAAUCAUUUCGUAGAUCAUCCAUCUCUUCAAAAGGAGAUAAUAAUUAAAGUCCUAGAUAAUAAAGGAAAAAUUCAUUUAUCACUUUUGAAUCUAAUGACCUUUCAAUCUCUGUCAGUCAUAUCAAAUCUAUUCAUAAGUAAUUAAAUAACUUUAUUAUUAGUCCUUUAUAGUAUUUAAAAAUGAAUGAUUUAUAAAUUAGAAUUUGGAAAGCAUUGACUAAAUUUACAAAUGCAUAAUUAGUAAUAUUCUUCUUUUAUUUAGGAAUCAGUUUUUUUAAUUGACAUUAUUGUAUUACAUCAUGAUACAGAAUUUGAAUUUAAGUUUGACCUUUCUCAAUUGUCUUGUUUUAUGACAAUUAAAGAAUUGAGAGAGUAAAUAUAUCUAAUAUUUUAUGAAUAAAAGAAUUAAAGUAGAUAAUUUUAUUUAAAAUUUUUAGAAAUAUAAGACCCAUAGUUAUAUAUUUUAAUAGGAGUUAUCAAAACAUAAAAGUUAGAUAGCGAUAUAAGAUUAUUCGAAUUACUAAAUAUAUUAUUAAAUGGCAAAAAAACAUUGAUUUUGUAAUCCUCUUGUUAAAAUUUUUGA